ACACCUGGGGGGCUUGUUGUUCCAUGAUCCCACAGUGAAUAUCUCCACGUGACGUGGACGCAGCAAAUGACCUCACACGGCAGCGCACAAGCACGAAAGGGCGACGGGGCUCUCUGAACUACAGUACCCACAAGUCACCGUGUGCGUCAACAGCAACAGCUAGGAUGUUGCGAUAAUGCUGGCAGCCAAAGAUUGCUGUGGUUGCAGAGAUUAGACGGCUGUGUCGAAACCUCAGUUGGUCCGGAUGACAGACGCUAAAACACACUUGCAGCGGACGGAGACUCGUCUCCAAUCACCUCGACGCUUUUUGGGGGCUGCCCUGCGCUGAAGGCGUCAGCGAACGGAAACCAUAUAGUUUUUAUAUAUAUAUAUAUAUAUAUAUUUACUUAUAUAUAUAUAUAUAUAUAUAUAUAUAUACACACACACACACACACACAAAUGGAAGAAAUUAAAUAGCCCCACAGACAGUAAGCUAUGAGGCAACAAACCGUCACUGCACUUUCCUGAAGGAUGGAAACAGCUUUCUGGGCAGCGCUGUCGCAGUUACUCGAAGGAUACACCGCGUUUGAAGACAUUUUCUUCAGAGGAUAACCUGGAUAACCUUACACGAAAUGUCAUAGCGCCUCAGCAGCUAGCACUUAGCUAGCUUGGUAACGGCUGGACGAGAUGGAGAUGGACCUAUUUUUCCUCAGCAGCCGCAGCCGACCAUGAACAGCUGGCCGGCUGGUAAAAGCAGCACUUUUCCGGAGAUGCUUUAACCUCCUGGGCGGUGUAAUACACUUACAUAACUGCUAGCCGCUCUAUAGUUAUCACCAGCUGGCUUGUGUUGGCAAGCAAAUGGGAAAUUUCCCCUAAAAGAAUCUCACAUCAUCACCACAAGUGAAGGAGGUAUUACUUGCAUAUUUUUGAGGCACCAGAAUAGACUCUGGAUAAGUUUACGCGAGGAUCCGGGGAUAUAAUAUAUCACAGCACAUCACAGCGUGAAGAGGGAAGAGAACCACAUCUUCCCUGCUGUCAUUUCGACAUCAUGAGGAAGUUCUUUGAUUCCCGUCGGGAGUUGGUGAGCUCCGGGCCUGGUUCUGGAGGAGGAGGGGGCAGCAGCGGCUCUGGGUCCAGCCACGCCGGAGGAAAUUUCAUUGGCAGAGCCUUCACUGUCGGGCGGCACCAGGUCACAGUUGAGGAGAUCAUUGCUGAAGGUGGCUUUGCUAUUGUGUUCCUGGUGAAAACAAACCAAGGGGUGCGUUGUGCCCUGAAGAGGAUGUACGUCAACAAUGAGUAUGAUCUGCAGGUGUGCAAACAGGAGAUUCAGAUUAUGAAAGACCUUGUUGGCCACAAGAAUAUUGUUGGUUAUCUGGACUCCAGUAUCACGGCUAUGGGAUCCCGAGAUGUAUGGGAGGUUCUCAUACUGAUGGACUACUGCAAAGGAGGGCAGGUGGUUAAUCUGAUGAAUCAGAGACUUCAAACUGGCUUCACAGAGUCCGAGGUGCUUCAGAUCUUCUGUGACACCUGUGAUGCCGUAUCUCGCCUGCAUCAGCGCAAGGCGCCUAUCGUCCACAGAGACCUCAAGGUGGAGAACAUUCUCUUGCAUGACAAAGGUCAUUACGUGCUGUGUGACUUUGGCAGCGCCACAAACAAGUUCCAAAACCCACAGACCGAAGGCGUGACAGCAGUGGAGGAAGAAAUCAAAAAGUACACCACUUUAUCAUAUCGUGCUCCAGAAAUGGUGAACCUCUACAACAAUAAGAUUAUAACUACAAAGGCUGAUGUCUGGGCGCUGGGCUGUCUGCUGUACAAGUUGUGCUUCUUCACUCUCCCCUUUGGUGAAAGCCAGGUGGCCAUCUGUGAUGGCAGUUUCACUAUUCCAGAUAAUUCCCGUUACUCUUACGAUCUCCACUGCCUCAUUCGCUACAUGCUGGAGCCGGAUCCUGACAAAAGACCGGAUAUCUAUCAGGUGUCCUACUUUGCUUUUAAACUAGCUCAGCGGACUUGCCCUGUUCAGAACGUGAAGAAUUCUCAGAUUCCUUCCACACUUCCUGAGCCAAUCAAAGCGAGUGAGGCUGCUGCAGCAAAGAAGAGCCAGACUAAGCCCAGACUCACGGAUCCAAUUCCCACCACUGAAACCUCCAUCACCCCUCGUCAGAGGCCCAAAGCCGUGCACACCCAGCCCGCUGCUGGCAUCCUACCCAUCCAGCCUGCUGCCCUCACUCCACGCAAGCGAGCUAAUCUCUCUGGUGCCGCAGCUCAGUCUGUGGGGGUCAGUUUAGACCUCUCCCAGCCAGCUGCAGCUCUCCAGUCGCAGAAGGCACAGACGUCAGCUCAGCCGUUCAUUCAAACACAAACCAACGCAAAUCAGGCUGCUGCUCCACAGAAGCAGACUGUGCAUCCGGCUCCAGCUGCUGGAGCAGAGACGGCAGCCUCUGCAGCAUCACAAGUGGCGAAAGCUGACGCUGCACCACAAGCACAGCCAACAUCCCAGCAACAGGCCACGCCUUCUUCUUCUGUGGUUAGCGCCGCUCCUCCACAGGUAGCGCAGACUCCAUCUAGCCCUGCCGCACCUCAGCGUCCAGCGCGUCGCAAACAACCGGGUCCGACUCAGCCGCCGGAGGCUCAACUCUCUCCGAGCAAGGCGUCUCCGGGACAACCAGAAGCAGCUGCGCAGCAGGAGACACCAGUUCCAAGUCAGCCUGCUUCCACUGAGACCAGCCAAAAAUCAGCUCAGAUCACUCCACCUGAGACUCCAAAGACAUCUGAGGACCGAGGUCAUCAACGUGUGCCGAGUGAUGCAGCAUCAAACGGUGCUGCAGCUCCUGUAAAUGACUCCACACAGCUGCAGCAGGGGGAUAAUGGAAACAUUGCUCUCAGCCAAUCACUUGUAUCUCAACCAAACACCGCCGACUCUGUUCAGCCAAGCCUUCGCGAUGCUGCUCAGGACCAGAACAAUGCUGCAGCCACUGUCCCUUCCUCUGGUUCCUCCAACACUCCCACACAGCCAGCAUGGAACCCGUUUGACGACGACAACUUUUCCAACUUCGCAGCUGACGAAUUCAAAGCUGAUGACAAAAAGUCCUCAGACAUGGUGUCAGAUUCUGAGGUAACACCUUCUGAAGAGCUGAUUCCAGGUCUGCAGGCCUCGUCUGUGGAAAACACUUCUCAAGAAACUGCUGAAAGGCCAUCUGCUCUUCUGGACUCAGGAGCCUCUCUUUUGGUUGUCCCAGAUCCUUUCCAUACUCUUGAACUGUCGGAUGCUCCAGAGAAGCUGAUCGAAGGUCUCAAAUCUCCUGACACUUCUUCACUCAUGCUUCCUGAUCUGCUGUCAUUGUCUGAUCCUUUUGGAGGGUCUGUGGAGUCUGUGAAAGACCCGCUCACUGCAGACGACUCUCUCCUCGGGUCUCUCAUCUCCGGACCACCCGCAGCACCGGGCAGCGCCACCUCCUCCGCCCCCACCUCCACCACCUCUGCUCUGGAUGAUUUCAGCCUGCUGUCUGGAGACUCAGUACAGCCGAAAGGGGACUCGUCUCUCUUGAUCUCAGACUUCGAGGCCCAGCCGGCCAGUGCGGAGGUUGCUACAGAGGACGACUUUGAUCCUAUUCCCGUCACAGGCCGAAAGAAUUCCCAAGUUUCAGGAGGCCACUCGCGCAGUAACAGUGGUGGUUCUGAAUCCAGCCUGCCCAGCUUGGCCCGCUCCCUGAUGCUGGUGGACCAGCUCAUCGACUUGUAGAUGGCCCCCCCUUCCUCCUUCAUAGAAGCUGUAUCUCUGGAUAAUAGUCCGCCAUAGCAUAGCAACAAUCAGCCGUAUAGACGUAGAUAGCUCCCUGCACCCCCGCCCUGACUUCCUCCCUUCAUUUUAGAAACAUCCCUCACCUGUCAGCGUUUCUUCAUUCCUACUUUUCUUUCAUCGAUAGCAGCGUCCGCCAUCUCUUCAUCUCUCAUCUUCACACUAACAUUUCAGCUUUGUUCUAGUCGCCAUGCAUUAUGUAUGAUCCACCGAGAACGAGCAGCCAAUUCACCGUCCAUUUUAAACACUAGUCACGGUAGGGUUUUGUUUUUUUUUCCCAAUCAGGAUAAAAGCUAUCAGUUUAUUUGAAGAAUACUGCAUUUUGUCUAAUAGCAAACAAAAAAAAGAUAAUUGUCGUAAUGUAAAAUAGACAUAGUUCUAAGUGGUUGUAGUUCUCGUGCACAAGUGAAUUUGUCGUGGUUUGCCUUCCUAGAUUUUCCUCCCUGAGUUUAUUUGCACAGAAAAAAAAACUUGGAAAAUUUAAAUGAUGUUUCAUUCAGAUGAGGUUUAUUUGAAUUAACAAAGCCAAACAUCUCUGAAUCUGAUGUCAUGUAGCCUGAUUUGCACACAGAUGUGUAAAUGUUAGACUUCUUUGAGUUGAGGGAUGGAAGAUCUGUACGACUUUGAAGCUGCUGUAGUUGAGCAUGAAAAACAAAAACAUGAGUCAUUACACACUACAUUAAAGUGCCAUAGAGUAACCCGAGAAGCAACGAGAACAACAAAGCAAAGACAAAGCACGGCACACUCCAUAAUUAUUGGCACCCUUAGUAAUGAUUCACAAAUAAAUAAUUUUCUUCCUUCCUGCCCGUGAAGUGGAAAGUUUAGCUUGAGUAACCGGCUUGUUUGCCACACAUCCAGAUGUAUUAAACUUUUCAUUGUUGCUCUGACUGCAAUUAGCAUGUUCUGCUUACUGGGAUCAAAGUAAACAAAAGUUUAAAAAAAUCUAUCAAGAAUAUCUUGGCCAUACUGUUUGGAGUUUAUUAAGACAGCAAUUUUCUGAUUUGAACAUUAGAAGAUCAAGAUGCAUUUUGUCUCAUUUGAUAUAGCAUGUUUUCUUGUCUUUCCCAUUGUUAAAAGUAAUAAUAUUUUGCCUCUUGCCACUGCAUCAUCAUUUCACCUGAGUAAAACGAAAACAUGCAUUACCAAUCAAAAUCAAUGAGGCACUCUGAGAAUAUUAAAGUAUAAACUACAAAUAUGGGUUAAGAUGGCAUUUUUUUGUCAUUAAAAUACUUUACUCUCUUGGGAUAUUUCGCUCACUGAAAAACACAAAUGUAAGGUUGGACUAUUUAAAAUGUUUUCUGUUGGGAUCAUGUUACCGCAGUGAAAUAUUUAGGGCUUAAACGAUUCCUCGAGUGAUUCGAGUACCUUGAUGAUUAAAAUUCCUCGAGGAAAAUGUAUCUGCUUCGAAACUUCGUUAAGUAAUAUUUUAUUAUUUAGCGCACCAUGUUCCGGCCAGGUUGUUAAUUGCGUUGCACAGUGCUCUCACUUCCGCCUAAGUUGUUGAUGAAAGCUAACAAUUAGCAACAUAACGUCCAGUUUUCAGAGGAUUUUAUUGACUGAUGAUAAUGUCUGGGUCUUUGUCAUUUUUCGGACCAAUAAGCAUUCUUGAAAUGACUGGCGCAAUGCCUGGAGUACGGUAGUCUUUUCUCCUUCCGGAGCUGCUGCCUAGUGGCCGAUUCAGAGUGAACAGCAGGGAAGAACGCUGCAGGUGUAUUUAUACAGGUAACCGGAUAGACCGAACACUGCGGGCGGCUGCGCAAUAGAUGAUUAAGUGUAGCUUUAUGGACGAACCGGAAAAUUUAUUACAUACAGUAUUAUCCCAGUCUCAACAAAUGGGUGGCGGAGCGCAUUGUGGCGCCACGUAGCUGGUAGAUGAGUUUCUGUGUGUGACGAACGAAGGUGCCAAAUCCCAUUGCUAAUAUGAACACAAAAUCUAUAAAUGUCUGGGCAAGGUGAGAGUUCAUCUAUUUAAUUGACUGAAGAUGAAUGCAUAAACGAAAAGCUGGAGUA